AUGGAUUUGCUGAGUGCACUGCAGCGUGCGCAACGCAUGGACAUUGGCUAUGACUUCCAUGGCAAGUAUACCACCGACAUAGUAACCGAUGAGGCGGUAAGAGUGAUAGCCGAUCAUAAUGCAACCGCACAACCGCUCUUCCUCUACGUUGCGCACGCUGCAGUGCACUCAGCAAAUCCAUAUAAUCCACUACCGGCGCCAGAUGAAGCAGUGACAAAGUUAGAUAAAAUUGAGGAUAUGGGAAGGCGAAGAUUUGCAGCUAUGCUCACACAACUGGAUCAGUCUGUCGGGCGUAUCGUGCAGGAAUUGCAAGCGCAUAAAAUGCUACAAGACUCCAUCAUCGUAUUUAGCACAGACAAUGGUGGCCCACCGCAAGGUUUCAAUCUCAAUCACGCUUCAAAUUGGCCGCUGCGUGGCGUUAAAAAUUCUGUGUGGGAGGGUGGCGUGCGUGGCGCAGCGUUGCUAUGGUCGCCGCGUCUACAGAGCCGGCCGCGUGUAGCCGAACAGCGUAUGCAUAUUGUCGAUUGGCUGCCAACAUUGUUGAGCGCAGCAGCGGCAGGUGGCGACGCUGUACAAAAGCACCAGCAGCCUAACGCUACGGCUGCUCUGGACGGCGUUAGCAUUUGGAAUGAGCUGUCGCGUGAUGAACUAUCACCGCGUCGCACCAUUCUCCAUAAUAUCGACGAUAUUUGGGGCAGCGCAGCACUCACUAUGGGCGAUUGGAAGCUUGUCUAUGGCACAAAUUAUCCCACCAUGUGGAAUGGUUGGUAUGGUCCGCCGGGCGUGCGCGAUGCUAACGCUUAUGAUUUAAAGACGCUACAACGUUGCCCCGUUGGUCACGCUUUGGCCAGUUUGAAUAUGACACCCAGCGUGGCGGAGGUGAUACGCAUGCGGAAGGCAGCGACAGUGGAGUGCGUGCUGGAGGUGCCGCCGAAUGCUUGUGAUUAUCAGGAGAAGAAGCCAUGCCUUUAUAAUGUGCGCGACGAUCCGUGCGAGUAUUACAAUCAGGCUGAGAAGUGA